AUGGCAUCGAAUACAAGUCAACACAGCGACGAAAGCAGUGAGAGUUUAGACCCUAUGAUGGAAGCCGGGUCAUCCAGUUUUGAAGAGAUGGAAGACAUUGUGCCCCUAGACACACAGUCUUAUCUUUUUGAACCCGAGGCCGGCUCGGAUGAUGGGGUAUUUCACCAGCAAUCCUCCCCAGAGUCAAACAACGAGGACCGACUGGGAAACAGCGAUUGGUGCACAUGUGGUAACUGCCCUCUAAUGUCAACCAUUGAGGAGUCAGUGUGCUGUCAUGAGAUCCCUCAAAUCAUGACAGUUUUGAAGGAGGAUCCUGGAAAACCAUGCAUAGUAGCGCACAACGGCUUUGAACCUGUGUGUCUGCACCCUUCCAAUCUGCGUACGACAUACUACAACUACAGACAGCAUUAUGACAACUUGCCGGGAUCCAACAAGUAG